GAGGAGGAGGAAGAGGAGGAGGAGGAGGGAUGAGGCGCGCGGCGGAGGGGAAAUGGCUGCCGAAAACAAGCCGGAAGGACUGAAGAAAAUAAGAAAUCCAGAGCGAAUGGUCAGGAUUGCUGUUGGUUACACAGGACACACCCCUCCCAAGAGUGAUGACACCGAUGCCAACAAUGAGCCAGGCCAGUUAAAAAUCUACCUUCCUAAGAAGCUGCUGGAGUGUCUACCCAAAUGUUCCUCUCUGCCCAAGGAGCGCCAUCGCUGGAACACCAACGAGGAGAUUGCUGCAUAUCUUAUCACUUUUGAGAAACAUGAUGAGUGGCUGACGACUUCACCCAAAACCAGGCCUCAGAAUGGCUCUAUGAUCCUCUACAACCGAAAAAAGGUGAAGUACAGGAAAGAUGGCUACUGCUGGAAGAAGAGGAAAGACGGGAAGACCACCAGAGAGGAUCAUAUGAAGCUGAAAGUGCAGGGAGUAGAGUGUCUGUAUGGCUGCUACGUCCACUCCUCCAUCAUCCCCACCUUCCAUCGUAGAUGCUAUUGGCUGCUGCAGAACCCAGACAUUGUGCUGGUGCACUACCUGAAUGUACCUGCAGUGGAUGAUAGCGGGAAGCCAUGUGGUCCUGUCCUCUGCUCCAUCAACACAGAUAGGAAGGAGUGGGCCAAGUGGAGCAAGGAGGAGCUCAUUGGACAACUCAAACCCAUGUGUGCUGGAAGCAGCCUGCAUCAGAAAUGUUCCAGUGUCAAGCAGCGCAUCAUCUCAUCCAAGCAGGAGUCAGGUGCAGCAGCAGGAGGGGGAACAACAGUAGGCACCAGCGUAGCAGUGGGCCAGAGAGCUGAGGAAGCAGAUGGCACAGAAGUCCAGAACAGUGAUGUGUCAGAGGGCCAGACAGAGCCUGGUCCUGGUGGGGGCAGGAGCAGAGGAGGUGGAGGAGAAAGGAGGAAUGGGCGGAUAACCAAACCCUCCUUACUCCCACAAAGCAGCAUGGAGGUGUCUUCCUCUACCUCCACCAACCAGGUGGAGGUGCCUGACACCACCCAGAGCUCCCCAUUGUCAAUUACCAGCGACAUGGCUGACAGCCCUGCUCUUGCCAUUGGAGCCAGCUUAUCACAGAGUACCGCUGUGUUUAUGUCUGAGGUCACCACACUGACUGGGGAUUCAGUUUACUCCGCUGGCCACACCCACCUGCUGGCAUCUACCCAUGAGAGUACCACCACUGGCAUUUUGUUAGCUGUUGCCCCUGACAACCAGAGGUUUGCAUCGUUUUCUGGAGGAGUAGGAUUAGGGGAAGGAGGAGAGUUGGUUCUGUCUAGCUCUUUGGACUCUGGGGGAGGAGUUAGUCUUCCUGAGACCACCAUGACCUUUGACCCAGAUUGCUUCCUUAACAAUCCCAAGCAGGGCCAGACAUACGGCGGAGGUGGAGGGAAGACUGAGGGAUGUAAUGGUGAUGAUAGUGGACUCCACCGUUCUUCUAAUGGGUUUGUCUAUAACCCAGCCCUCGUCAACAACAUCAAGACAGAGGCUACACCACUAGAGCAGCCACUGACCACCCAGAGUAGCUAUGUCGGAGAAGGAACUGGUCUCAGCCCCAGUACCACCCUGGAACAGAUGGAUUUCAGCGCUGUCAUGUCAUCAUCCUGUGUCCCAAGUCUGACCCAGGCUGCACACCACUCUUCCCCGAGUCUUUUCCUCCAGGCCUCCCCUCAAACAAGCCAGCCCUCUCAGCUCCAGACCAAUGGUACUAAAUCUACCCAGGAAUCUGGAGAGUCCCAGGCUUGCAUAGGCCUGCCCCCAGUGCCAACAGACUCUCCAGUCACCAAUGGAGACCCACAUACACACCUCCACCAAGCCACCACAGACAAACAGGCCAUGUGUGUGAGGAAUGGACAAGCAUCAGCAGUGGGCUCUUUUCCCCUAGCAACACAGGAUUCUUCUGUGGACCAACCUGGCAACAGGGGGCAUCAAGAAGUUGGAGCCUUAGAUAAACCUAUUGAAAAUGGUGGAGAGUUACUACUCAAGACUGGGGAUCCUCGUGAGACUUAUACAAGUGUUGAGACCGAACAUUACCUCCAGCCCACAGAUGACACUGGAGGGGGAGAGGAGGGUGGUGGGGGUGGUGGUGGAGGAGGAGGGCGAGGACGAGAAAAUGAAAUUCUGUGUAAUGGUGUAAGCUUGUCAGGGGGCAGCAAUUCAGUGGUAGCCAGUCCUCAGUCUAUAGCUGCAGGUGCAAACAUGGAGGGGGCGCUCUAUGGCUCCCCGAUUCCUCAGCAAGGUGGAGGGGUAUCAGCUACAACAGCUGGGACAGGAGCAGCUAUCAGUCUGGAAGGAUUUGAAGCUUCAUUUGGAAGCCAGUUCUCUGAUCUCAUCAAUGAUUUCAUCUCAGUUGAGGGGUCUGGGGGUGGGGUGGGGGCAGCGGUCUCUGGGGUACUAAUGCCCCAGGAAGGGGCAGCAGGAGAGGAGCAGGGUACAGGAGCUGGCCACCUGCAGGGCUCUGAGGUGGAGCAGGGAGCUCUGGGACUGCUGCAGGAGACAGGGAGGCUGUUUGGUGUGACAGACUACUCCCCAGAGUGGUCUUAUCCAGAGGGGGGAGUGAAGGUGUUGAUUACAGGUCCAUGGUUGGAGUCGAGCAGUGAGUACAGCUGUCUCUUCGACCACAUCAGUGUCCCUGCUGCCCUUAUCCAGCCUGGGGUGCUGCGCUGCUACUGCCCAGCCCAUGACACGGGACUGGUGAUGCUGCAGGUGGCCAUGGGUGGUGAGGUCAUCUCCUCCUCUGUGGUGUUUGAAUAUAAGGCACGGGACCUUCCUGCCCUACCAUCGUCUCAGCACGACUGGUUGUCCCUGGAUGAUACCCAGUUCAGGAUGUCCAUCUUGGAGCGUUUGGAGCAGAUGGAGCAGAGGAUGGCUGAAAUAACCAAUCAGAACCCCAGCUCAGAAGCCAUGGCAACCAAGGGUGGAGGAGUGGAGGGGGGAGGAGCUACUGAUCAGCAGUCUCAACUCUCUCCUGAUCAGGGUACAUUUGAGGGUCGUGUUGUGGUGGUGUGUGAGAAGAUGAUGUCUCAGCCCUGCUGGGCUUCUUCGAACCAGCUUGUCCAUAGCAAGAACUCAAGAGGAAUGACCUUGUUGCAUCUGGCUGCAGCUCAGGGCUAUGCAGGGCUCAUCCAGACACUCAUUCGCUGGCGCACAAAGCAUGCUGACAGUAUUGACCUUGAGCUGGAAGUUGAUCCUCUCAACGUUGACCACUUCUCCUGUACGCCAUUGAUGUGGGCAUGUGCUCUGGGGCAUACAGAGGCAGCGUUGGUGCUCUAUCAGUGGGACCCAAGAGCUCUAGCCAUUCCUGAUUCACUGGGACGUCUACCGCUGAACAUUGCCCGAUCCCGGGGCCACACUCGACUGGCUGAGCUCUUGGAGCAGCUGCAACAUAGUCCUCAAACUCAGGGCCAACCUGCAGACACUUGGAUGGACAGAUGGAGAGGAGGGUCACAGACCAGUGGAAUAAGCAAAAGCCCCAGCCCCAAUUCAAACUCAGAGCUGAAGAGAACCAGAGCAGAGACCCAACCAGACAAGCAGAACCAGAGCUGGAGCCAAAAUGGACACAGACACCCACAGGGAAACCAAGGCGAGCAAGGAGGUGCACCCCCAGCAAAGAGACUCAAACCCAGCCCAGAGGGCCAGGAACAGCUUGCUAAUUCAACCCCUGGCACCCUCCCCGUCAAGUCACCCCUUUGCUCUCCUCUGAGUACUAAUCCUCAACAUCCUCUCCUCCCCCAGACCUCACAAACUCAGUCCUCUAACCUUGGCUAUGAGAAUGCACCUCUUGCCAGCUCCAGCCCUAGCCCACCUCAACUCCCCAGUGCCCCAUUCUCCCACCUGCAGGCCAGGAUGGGGGGUUCUGGAAGGGGCACCAGGUGGAGUCUGAGACAGGCUCUUGGGCAACGUAGCCUAGCCAGGAGGAUUCUUGGAAAAGAACGAUUGGCUGUUCAUCUGCGCCAGAGAGUUCUGUGUGACAGGGGAGAGGAGACAGAGCUGCUGACCUAUCAGGAUAACACAGAGGACUUACAGGUGGACAUAAUGCUAGCUGAUCAUAUCAUGGAUACUUCAGCUGGUAGGCUUAAGCAGGCUAUGGACACUGAAACAGAUACUGGGAAGGUGGGGAUCAGCAGUGAUGUAAGGUUACUGUCUGGUUACCUUGAUGAGGUGGAAAGGUUCUUAAAAUCAAAGCCUCAGACUCCUAGCCCCAAACCAAAUGCACUCUCAGGGCUGGAGGAACAGCAGAGUCCUCAUGCUAACCAAGCCCCAUCCUCCCCCUUUAAGUGGAGCUCCUUCCUCUGUGCAGCUAUGAAAGGAGAGAGGUUAAAAACAAACUCCUCCUGUCUAGCCAUGACUGAGGCAGAGCAACGAGAGCUAUAUGAAACCAUCAGGCAUGUUCUGCAUUCCCUCAGAAAAAAACAAGGCAAUCUGACAAGCUGCUACUGUCAUUUUUACCAGGGUCCCAUUCAGGAGCAACACAAAAAGAUUGCAACAGUGAUUCAACGCUGCUAUAAACGAUACAAGCAGUAUGCACUUUAUAAGAGGAUGACCUUAGCAGCCAUCCUGAUCCAGAGUCGUUUCCGAAGUUUCCACGAACAGAGGAAGUUCCAGCAGAGUCGUAGGGCAGCGGUCCUCAUCCAGCAAUACUACCGCUCCUACAGGCACUCCCUCAGCAGCCUCCUAACUAAAAAACAGAAUCAGGCUGCUCGCAAGAUCCUGAGGUUCCUGCUCCGCUGCCGCCACAGCCCCUUGAUGGACCAUAGGCCUCUGAAACAGGGCCAGAGAGCAGAGAAAGGCCAGGGGUCCUGAGAGCCCACCGCCAGGCCCCGCACACAGCACCCUCAGCCUGUGAGCAAUCUACAAACCCUCCCCCUUCCAUCUUCUCCUCGCCUCCACUCUCCCCAAACUUUCUCUCUUUCCCAUUUCCCAAGUAUCUGUUCCUGCCCUCUUCUUUCCUCCUCCUCCUCCUCCUCCUAUCUCUCUCACCCUCCCUGCCCUCUUAUCUCAAGAGGGGGAAAAAACUCUUCCCAGACAGACUGAGGACAGGAUAGGUGUCCAUCAUGGCAGCUCAGACAGACAGACUGCUGGGCAGAGCCCAGGGACCUGGCUCUGUCCACAGCACUGAUCCUCCUCCACAGUUUCACUGGGAGGCCAUCACAUUAACCUCAUGGCAUUCUUUGCACUCUUCAUGGGUAUGUUUCUUUGCAAGAGCAAGUCGACGAGUCAGUGGAGAGAAUGAAAGGAAGCGCCUGAUGACAACACCCUGCUGUUCGAAGCAGCAGCUGGAUGUGCUGAAAGGCUCUAGAGAAGAACAGCUGGCUCAAAAGAAAUGUUACUUUGACUUGCAGAAAAUAAGCAAAACUUAUUGUGUUUUGUAUCCAAGCAGAAAUCCAUGAAAGAAUAAGAAAACAUAAACCAAAAAACUCACUUCUAUGUUGCAUUUGCAUGCAAGGUUUUUUCGCUUAUUCCUCCUCUCCAUCAUUCUGCAGAGCUACAGUGGCAAAUCAUUCUGCUGAUUAAGUAUUUCACGAAAUCAUGACUCACAGGCUUACAAACCUGCUAAACAGUCACCCAAUCAAAAGGGGAGGAACUGCACUUGAAUGUAAGAGGGGCAUUGUUAGAUAAGGGGAAGUGGUCUGAACAACGAUGUCUUAAUUUGUUACAUGGACUUUGUAUGGAGUCGUUCUUAGAGGCAGCAUUUUGCUUGCCUGUGGUGUGUCCGUGUUUGUUCAAUUCAAUGCAUGUGUUUGAGCUAUGAGCUCCUGCAUGCUUGCCAAACUGCUUUAGUGUUGUUUCUUUUGUAUUUCUAUGUGUAACUGUGUCUCACUUAUGUCUUCAUCAACUUAUCCUUGCCCUGUGUAAUGUGAACUGUGUAAGGACAAAUGACUUAUUUUGGGUGCUUUUUUUAAAUUCAUUUAUUUAAGGGUCUAAAUAUUUCUUUUGACUGGCUCAAGAGCGGUUUAGCUUGAGACAAGUUUUGCCCCCGUGUGAUAAACUAUGACAUGUUCCAAUGGUUAAAUGUCUCUGUUAGUUUGUUCUGCGUAAACCUCUAAAUCCUAACUGUGGUUUUGAGGAGAGAGUCACAUACCAUUGCCUUGACUUCUUCUUGACUCUGAGAGGUCUCUAUGCUUGCUCUGUACAGGACAUGGGUCCUAAACCUGCCCCUAUAUAGGGCAUUGGUCCCCAUAGUAGCCCAUAUGGGCGAUCAAAUCCGUAUUUUGGACUAUUGCAUAUUUCUGUAUAUAAACUGACGAGGUAAAGGGAUACGAGGACCCUGUAACUUUUUCAUAAGAGGACUGUAUUUAAGAUUAUAAAUUAUUUUACUCCCAUAAUGAGAACUUUAGACAGAAACCUGGGUACACAGGACGGCUGUAUUGCUUGUAAAUAAUGUAGAUACAAACGGAGUAAUGUGCAUGAGAUUUAAGACAAAGAAACAGCAAAAAGAUCAUGUUAGUGGCUAUGGACUGUGAGAGGAUUUUAACUUCUUCACUUUAAGAGUAUCCAAUAUAAGUGUUACUGAAAAGAACAUUUUGUUAAAGCAUGCAACUGAAAAAUCUAAUGUUAGAAUUAUAAGUGGGAAAACAAAGUUAGCUGAAACCGAUCUUUCCGACAAAACAUUUACACUUUGUGCUUUUGUUUCUUGGCUAGCAAAAAUUAAACCCUUUUUGCCAGUAGUGCCAAUUAUUAUGAAUGCUAUUUUGCCUAACAAUACAGUAUGUUAUGUUGGGAAACCAUUACCCAGAAGAUAACAGUUAGAUUCACAGAGGCAGCACGCACAGACGAUAAACAGUAGAAAAGAUCUAGUAGUAGCUCAGCCGUAGACCUGCAAGUUCUGAAGUUUGUCCAAGGCAGACUUACUCAACGAUGAUGAUGCUGAUGAUGCAAGUAUGAAAAUGAUGCUGAGGGUGGUGUUGACUAUGGUUUUCAAAUGUGAAUGCAAUGACUGAUCACCCAAAAUGGAAGAGGGUGCUACAUUCUUUACAAUGUGGUUAUGCUUCAGCAACAUACAAGUUUUUUAUCAAGACCAUCAAUCCUACCCACCGUAGGAUCCAGCCUGGCCUCCAGUCAAAGCUUCCCAUCCUUUAGCAGAAUGUCUCCCACAUUAAACAUUUCAUUUGAUUGGUUUUCCUCUUUCUCCUCAUUGUCACUGCCAUAAUUAUAUGACAUGUAUAUUAGACUUCUGGAAAGCUCUGUUUAGAAAGUGCCUGCACAACAACAGAAAACUGAUAUCAGGAAAUAUCUAUUGUAUGUCCUCCAAAGGGUUCCCAGUUACCUCUUUAUUUUCCCAAAUUGUGUGUUAAAAAUUUACUUGAUGGUGUUAAAACUUGAUCUGAAUUUAAGCUAGAAGCUCUAAUUUGUCUAGUAUGAAUGGCGUGAUUGAUGCUACAUGUUGCUUUGGAACAAACAGAAAUGACAGUAUCACUGUACGCCCCUAUGUUUGUGUGCAUUUUUGCAGUAUCAUGGGAAGAAAACCAUUAAAUACUGCUUCUGUGCAUGAGAGGAACUAUUACAAGUUGUGUCACAGUUGGGAGGAUGUUGUGUUUUCCUCCCUCACGUUUUCUUUUUACCCCCAGAAGCUAAUUUAGCAGCAAACGCAUAACUAGUUUUUAGCAGACUGAAUAACUUUCACAAACACUUUAUUUCUUUAUCUCUGUCUGUCUCUCAUGUUCUCAAACUGAUGUGAUCAUACAUGUGAACACAUGCAUACACUGUCGAACACAAAUGUACACAUUCUAGCUUACACACACAAACACAAAUGGCUAAACUUUUUCUCUCGUGUGCUUAUAUCUUUGGGAACAAUUAAAUUUCUCCCUUAGAUUUUACUCAGGGUUGAAGAACAGGGAGAUGCUAUGUGGAGUGUAAUGACUGCUGGCACAAAGGUGUACCACAACUGGUGACUGUGUACAUUUGGGUGUGGAUAUGUGUGUGUGCAUAGCUAGGGAUAUUCCAGUUGUCCAUUCAUUCUUACCAACAAAUUACAAUCUACUGUAGCACGCUCUUUCUAGACUUAUUUAAUGAGCCAACUAAUCUUAGUCUUGGAUGAAUUUUUCUACAAGAAAAAUAACCCUCUGAACCCCUUAUUUUAUAGAUUUUUGCUUGAAUAUAAAUUAAAUUAAAAUAAGUAAUAAGAAAAUAUAUUUAUACAAUUGCUCUUGUCUUGAAUACACAAAAUUCUUAAUAUGGGCAAUUUUUAAAAUCAUGCAAAAAUAGCUAACAGAUCUCCAUCAUCUUGAAAAACUUGAAAUGAUUAAAAUAUAGACUGAAAGAAUGUGUCCACUAUGUUUUCUGAAUACUCAUCAUACCGAGAGACAGCCAUGGUUAGGACAGAGUCGUCAAAAACAUUUACACAAUACCACUUAAACUGCCCCUCCUCUCACAUCAGCACAACUAAAAACAUUUAGUUGAACUCUUUUACAUAUCAUAUACACACAGGCACAUAAAUUAAAUGUUUGGACUUAUCAACUCACACAAUACGCACAGACUACCAACACAUACUGCAGAAAAUCGAUCAAUAUGUUCAUGUUUUGGAGAAGAGGAUGACUGUAAAAUAAAAGAGUAUGUAGUGUAGAAAAGGUCAAAUAAAAAAGAAAAAAGAAAUGAUUCCAUAUUAGACAGCUGACAUGUGCAGAGAUGGACUGCUCUCAUAAGUCCGCCUAGACAUGAAUGGUAUAACCUUUCAGGCCUUGUUUCAAGAGGGCGUGGCCAAACACCACAUUGCAUGCUAGAAUGGUAGACCCUUUUAGAUACUCUAUGGCUAGACCUCUCCUUGCCUUCCUCCUCUUUCACCCUGUCUUCCCUUUCUCUCUCAUUUCCUGCUGUACUCCCACCCUGCCUGCUGUUGUGUUCUCCAUGCCUAUCUCAGUCUCCCAUUUCUCCUUUUUUUGUGGCCUAGUUUUACUUUUUUGUUCCUUUGUUUUGUUUUACAAACAUGCAUGCACAAGCAUCACUAACUUGUUGAUGUUUUUAAAAGAAUAUUUUGUUGCUGAGGCCAUGCAAAGUGUUUUCAAUAUUGCCCUUAUAUGUGGAAUAUGUCUUCUGAAUGCUUUACAUAAUUUCUGCUGUAAAAUGAAAUCAGAAUAAAGAGAAAAUUUGCACUUUAAA